AUGUUCGCCUGGCUCAAAGGUCUUUUCUCCAAAUCAGAGCCGUCUAAACCCCCAGAACAAGUCGAAGAGCCCAAAAAGAAAGGCAAGUCGCAUAGUCGAUCACAUAGCAAAAAGGUUCGAGAACGUGAGCGCGAUCUGCGACGGGCAUGGACGGGUCAGAAGGGUGGGUGGAGGAAGUUUUAUAGUAAGGGGGGAUAUUCGGGUGUCUGUUGA